UCUGGUUUUCGUAUUCUGAUUGAAAUAUUUGUUAUUUCAGCCUUCAGUCUAAUAAUCAUUAUAUUAUUCAUCAAAUUUUAGUAUAAAUAUAAACAUAAAUUCAAUCAUUUGAUUAGUUUUCAAUUGCGAUUUGCUUUCAUAAGUCUUUAAAAAUGUUUAAAUUAAUUGUUUUAAUUGCUUUUUGUGGUGCAGUUCUGGCAGUCAAUGGAGACGAUGAACACAAACAAUUGCAUGAAUUGGCCGCUAAUAUAAUGCAAAAUCUACAGAAGGAUCACAUGCCGAGUGACGGGUCCAACAACGGCGCCCCCAACGCACCCCUCCAUCACAUGCAUAAUAUCGGCAAAAAUGCUAUGAAUUCUGAAUACAUCGACAAAACCGAUAAAUUGAAAGUUUCGGUCGGAGUUAAAGGCAUUCGGUUUGUAUCGGUUGAGAGAAACGGCAAAGUCGUGAACAUUAGCGCAGCCUUUGGUGUCGGAGCCGUCGCU